AUGUCAUUAUACUCAUCAUCCUCUUCGUCCUCCACACAAAACCAAAACCAAUUUCUUACCGCUUUGUGUGACUUCAAAAUAAUUUACACCAUUGACCAAUUACUUGAACUUAGAAAUGACUUUACUAAGACUUGUAUUGAGCCCUCCGAAGGUAAAUCAUUUGGAAAUGAUUUCAAAGAAGAAAAUCCCAAGGAUCCAAUUUCCGCCAGAAAUCAUAUGUUCAGCAAUUCCAAAAGACACUCAAAACCUUUGAUCCUCAGUCCAGAAAUGAAUGAAUUAUGGUGCUUGAGCUCUACUGAGCCUUGGAAAUAUUCAAUUAUUGACAGUAAGAGCUGGACCCGUUGUUUAUUUUAUUCAUUUUUUCGUUUAAUGCUAGAUUUUACUAAUCAAAUUUUAGACCAUUUAACUAGCAACCCCCAAAAAUAUCACCAUCAAAGCAACAAUUCAGAAUACACCACUUCGAAAUCACACUCCUCAACUUUCCAAGAAUAUACCUAUUCUUCAGCUCCAACAUCUAUUAGAUCUCAAAAUCUUGUUAACAGGUAUUCUGCAAAUGGUUAUUACGGAUAUCCGGAUCCAUUUGCCGAUCAACAACAAUCAGCAAAAGUCCAGCAACAGCCACACAGCACCAAUAAUUGGUAUCAAAAUUCCGGGAGCCACGAAGUCAAUAAUAAUUCGCACUAUAAAAACUACCCAAAUUUCAACAAUUUACAUCAAAUGCCUUCACAAAUGCCAGACUUCUACUCAGCCCCGGGUUUUAACAAGUUGAAAAGUUCCAACAACUUUAACAAUAAUAAUGAGAAUUAUAUUCUAUACGACCCUAAUACUAAUAUUUCAUACUAUGUUAUUCAAAAUCCAGAACAAAUAAGAGCUGCUGCUGCUGCCGCUGCUAGCCAAAUGAAAAACCCUCAAUACUUGAGUGCCAAUAGUCCAGAUUACUAUUAUUAUUAUAAUGAAGAUAAUAAUAAUUAA